AUGCUGAAGCACCGAAUGACUCUCGCAUCCGUUUCGAAGGAAGUGAGCGAUGCUGAGCCGCUGGAUCUGACAAUGCCGAAGAAUGAGAGGAUUUUUGGAAAUUCCUCGGAAAAGCUGGUAUGCCUCCAAAUACAAGAAGAUCUCGGCGGUCAGCUGUUUAUGAGGCUGCUUCAACAGCAGAUUCUGCUCUCGAUGCUCACAAAGCCAGACGAAAUCAUGGAAAGGAAGCAUAUUCUACAUCGGACAAGAGAAGAAAAGAAAAAUCAACGAUUAGAGGAUAGAGAGACCACUGUGGUCAGUAUUCGGAGGUCAGAAGCGAACGCACGCGAACGAAAUCGCGUUCAGCACCUGGCGGACAUGUUCGACAGAUUGAGAUCGGUACUACCAAUCGAGUACGAUGUGAAGAUCUCGAAAUUGGCUACGUUAAAGAUCGCCUCCGCGUAUAUUCGCUACCUGGGCUGUGUUCUGGAUACGGACGAUGUUUGCCGGAUUGUAGAAAGUGAACAAAUCCUUAUGCUCAGUAUAUGUGAAGCAAAAAUUUUCCCUAAAAAAUUGUAG